UUAGGGAUCGGCGCUGCUCCUUUGUCAACAGGGUCCUAUCCAUUAUAGUCUACUUCUUUAUACAUGGAAGCCCAUACGGAGAACACCGGGAUCGGUCAUGGAUUAUACGUGUGCCUGCGACAAUGGAGCAAGUAUCCGCAGUGAAUUUUUAGUGUAGAUGCACGCCAGUGCGUACCGCCUGAUUUUCCAAUCAUGUCAAACUGUUGUUCUUGGCGCUGCUGGCGGAAUGUCGAGCUCGGACUCCCUGCAUGGUCCUUGCUAGGGUGCUUGUAAUCGCAAGCGUUGCGUUUGGUCCUUUUUUUCCGAGCCGCGUUAAAGGUAGUCUAUUGUCAAAUGGAUACGCUGCGGAGGAACGGCUCUAUCUGUUAUCUCACUCCUUGCCCUUCAUCAGCUCAGUCGGAGAAGCAGACACGAACAAUAAACUCUCCAGGGGCAACAUGAAUCGGGUCGAAGUACUCGCAAGUUGGUAGGACGCAUUCGACCUCGCCGGCAGGAGUGGAGGCUGAGUGUGAUGGAGUCCAUAGAAUGUCUUCAGUUAUUUGUCGCGUCACACGAGCUAUAACGGGAGAGAUUCUGUGGACCCCGCUGUUCGAUGGUUUUUUUUUUUCCUCCUGGGACCUGCUCGGCUGAAUUAUGGGCUUUGCGCGCUAAUCGUUUUCUGCGCCGCCGAGGAAUGAGGCAGGCGCAGAAUUCAGUCUAUGUACCUACUAGGCUGUCCACCUCUUUCACCGCUGCCGCAGUCCACCGUCCCCUAGGGUUGGGCGCUGUGUCAACAGGGGAGGGAGGGGUAAAAGCGGGCCGGCAGCGGUUUCGAGCCUGCGAAAGCUCUCAUCAGGGGGCUGCCGCUACCCC